GCGCUCACAUUCGACCACGACGACGACGACGUUGGACCAUUUUCGCGGAUCGACCAUGCUUGCUCGCUCACUCGCACUCUUGCCAUUGGCAUGGACGCUCGGUGCCUCGCUUGCCAAUGCUGCGGUCAUCGCUCCUGGCCCAGGCAAUGGAACCUCUUCGGGCGAGGCCAUCUCGACUCCAGAGCUCACUGACGCCUCCAAAGCGGGACCCUUGGGCCUGGACAACAUCAAUUGCCAGGACCUCACCAUCAACGCCAAGAUCAGCGCUCAGAAUGUCGACUUUAUCAACGUCGAUGACAAUUACAGCAACGCUUCCUACGUGACCGACACUCUGCUCGCCUUCACGCAGCGUCAAAAGAAUUGGACAGCAGCGCACAUGCCCGGCACCAAGCACACCAACAACGCCACGUACCGCAUCGCUGCGCACUACUGCGAGCCCAAGCGAGGCGCCGUUGCGAAUUCAUCUCUGCUCGUCGCCACGCACGGCAUCGGAUUCGAUUCUUCAUACUGGAACUACUCUUACAAGAAAUCCUACUCCUUUGUUCGUCAUGCCGCCUCUCACGGAUACUCCAGCUUGAUCUACGAUCGACUGGGCACUGGCGAAUCAGAGACGCCAUCCAAAGGAGGUUUCAGCACCGUGCAAGCUCCUACCGAGGUAGCCAUCCUGACACAGAUCCUGACGCAAGCCAAGAACAGCAACAAUAUUGGCGGUAAGAAGCAUGCCCGAAUCGUCGCUAUUGGUCACUCGUACGGAUCUGCCCAGAGUCAAGCGGUGACGGCUACCAGUCCGGAUCUGAUCGACGGUGUCGUCUUGACCGGAUUCUCCACCGCCACGCAAUUCACCGCCACCUUUAUCCUGAGCGGAGCUUACACGCAAGCAAACAGCGUGAGCGAGCUUAGUCUCAAGGACAAGUCGGGCAUCUGGUUGGCAUCUGCCAGCAAAGUGUCCAACGUGCAAAACUUCAUCGACCCGUCCAAUGCCGAUUCCGCAUCGAUCGAUUUGGCUCGCAAGACGGAGCAACCCGUAACGCUGGGAGCCUACGCUUCCCUAGCCUCCAUCGCCGCGCCCGCUUCAAACUUUACAAAACCCGUCUUGGUGCUCAAUGGCGAUCACGAUCUCCCCUUUUGCGGCGCAGAUUGUCAAUCGCAAUCCCCCGCCAUUCCAGACGGCGUAAAGAUGCUCUACCCUGCCGCUUCCAACUUUACCAGCGAAAUCAUUCCCCUCACAGGACACGGCAUCGUCCCUCACCGCACUGGCCCAGAGAGCCACGAGAUCACGCUUCAGUGGAUCAUCGAUAACAAGCUUUGAAGCGCCCUCGCCCGCCAGGCCCCCCUCGUCUUUUCUUACUCAUACGACUCGUUUCUAAUGCAUGCUCCAUCGGACGUUCCUCCUGCGCUUGCCUUUGCUUCGCUGCAUCCUCACCGCGCUCUUUCAGCUCAGCGACAGAUCUCAGUGCCGCGUUGUGCCGCGUACCGCGGAUCAGAUCUUCGCCCCGCAUUCCGUCGAGUAUCAGUAUCAGAACACACCACGCAGCUCGCAAGUCUGGGCGGCGGGGGCGAGAAAAACAAAAGAGGUACAUUUUCGUUCUUUUGCAUGUCUGAGGAGCAUCGAGAGGCCUGCGCCAAUGCGGGCGCGCGCCCGCAGCGAAAAGCCUGGCAAGCAAGUGAACAACCUGGACGGGACUCGCUUCAUUUCCGAAGCAUCGCUCUGAACUGAUCUUGACUUUUCGCCUUUGCUUGCGAGGGCGCACUCUCGGGUGCAGACUGGGGUGCAGACGCGGGCGCAUC